UUAUUAUGAAGGAACUCAAGUUAUCCCAAGUUGAAGUUCACUUGACUAGAUACAAAUUGCUGUUGUAACUAUGGCGACUGAAAUGCUUCCUGUUAUUUACUUGCGUAUUGAUUUUAUUCGAUUUGAUACGUUUAACUUGGUCGCGUAUCAAAUAACGCCAAGCUGCUGUUCUUAUAGCACAGCACAACAUUUUGCUUUUAUAACUUAUGUUUUUUUGAUUCUCAUUUCACUUGAGAUCUGCCGUUUUGUACUAAAACAUAAUGAAAUCUAUUGCGUAUGGUGCGUAUUGUGGCCAAGAAUAAUGUUUAGUUUAUUAAUUUUUAAAAGAAGCUUGCUGAUCUUUAAGAUUUUUGGAUUUCGUGAAGGUAGAUAUAAAUCGAAACGUAUUUUUAUGAAAGCGUAAGUAAUGAAGUAUAAGUGAGAUGUCGAUGGAACCGAAAAGAGUGUCAACGAACCUCGCUACGAUGUAUGGCAGUAGGGUAUAACACCUAUCACCCACAGUACAGUAUCAGUUGUAAUGAAGAGUAGAUGGAAGGAAACAAAUAUCAGCGAAAAAUGAGAGGUCACGAUCGGAUGAAAAUCUGUUUCUGCACCGAUCUCGAUAAAUCGGUUCUGAUAAGCAAUUUUGAAAAGCGCGGCUGGGUACAAGUUACGGCGGAUGACGAUUGGAAUUUCUACUGGGCUGGAACUGGCACCUGUCGCAAUAUAUUCAGCGUUGACAGUGGAUACCGUAUGCACGAUAAUCAGCUUAUUAAUCACUUUCCGAACCAUUACGAGUUAUCAAGGAAAGAUUUACUGGUGAAGAAUAUAAAACGCUAUCGGAAGGACCUUGAACGAGAUGGGAAUCCGUUGGCAGAAAAAACUGAAGCAAACAUUCCCGGUGGCUCAAAAUAUUUGUAUUUAGAUUUCAUACCGAUCACGUUUGUCCUGCCAGCUGACUAUAACAUGUUUGUGGAAGAGUACAGAAAAAAUCCUCAAAGUACAUGGAUUAUGAAACCGUGCGGUAAGUCACAAGGUGCUGGCAUUUUCUUAAUCAAUAAAUUGUCCAAAUUGAAACGCUGGUCGAGAGAAGCAAAAACGUCAUUUCAUCCUCAAAUCGGCAAAGAGAGCUACGUUAUUUCAAGGUAUAUCGAGAACCCGCUGUUAAUUGGUGGCAAAAAAUUUGAUCUUCGAUUGUACGUUCUUGUGACAUCAUUUCGUCCGCUGAAAGCAUACUUGUUUCGUUUGGGAUUCUGCCGCUUUUGUACGGUAAAAUACGACACAAGUGUUACGGAAUUGGACAACAUGUACGUACACUUGACUAACGUCAGUGUGCAGAAACAUGGUGGUGAAUAUAACAACCAUCAUGGAGGCAAGUGGAGUGUACAAAACUUGCGUCUCUAUCUUGAGGGUACGCGUGGUAAGGAAGUAACGGAUAAGUUAUUUGGGUCCAUCACUUGGCUCAUAGUACACUCCUUAAAGGCAGUAUCAAGUGUUAUGGCCAGUGAUAGGCACUGCUUCGAAUGCUACGGUUACGAUAUCAUCAUAGACAAUACAUUGAAACCGUGGCUUGUCGAAGUGAACGCUUCACCGUCACUGACUUCAACUACUGCCAACGAUCGGAUACUCAAAUACAAGCUAAUAGACAACAUUCUCAGCAUUGUAUUGCCACCGGAUGGAGUACCUGAUGUCCGUUGGAGCAAAAUUCCCAGCCCAGACAUGUUGGGAAACUUUGAUCUUCUCAUAGACGAGGAAAUAGCGGCACAGGAUGAUAGUAUACAUAACAGUAAUAAUGGUAAACACCGCUCCAAUAGUAAUAGAUGGAAAUAAUUGUACGAAAAAUAAAAUGAAUGUCUUAAAUACUGGUGUUAACAACACGAAGAAAAUUUGCAAUUGAUUAUGGAGUGUUGCGACGAACUCGUUCGUGUUCCCGUAAUAGUUAAUACCUUAAAAUGAAAACGAAAAGUCAUGAACUAAAAACGAGCUACAUUCUCAAACGGUUGAAUUGUCUUAAAUAAUAGUAUUAAAAUUGAAACACGUAUGAUAUAUUCCUUCGUUUAUUUGUUCUAUCGUUCGGGCUUUGUGUUUAAUGUUUUUUUGUUUUAUGUUGUACGAAUGUGUUUUAGUUUUAACAUGCACAAAUUUUUAAUAUAUUUCCGAGGUUCUUUUGUAUUAUGUAGCACAAUCAGCCAUUUUUAAUUCA